CCUUGGGGUCGUACAGGAAAAGAUAAAGAAAGCGAGGACAUCUGAAACGAAAACGAUGGCUGCGAUUCGUAAGAAGCUUGUAAUCGUUGGAGAUGGAGCCUGUGGAAAGACGUGUUUACUCAUCGUUUUCAGUAAAGACCAGUUUCCUGAGGUUUACGUUCCCACAGUGUUUGAGAACUAUGUCGCUGAUAUUGAGGUGGAUUCAAAACAGGUGGAACUGGCUCUAUGGGAUACAGCUGGCCAAGAGGACUACGACAGGCUGAGGCCCCUGUCCUACCCAGACACUGAUGUCAUCCUUAUGUGCUUUUCCAUAGACAGUCCUGACAGUUUGGAGAACAUCCCAGAGAAAUGGACGCCAGAAGUAAAACAUUUCUGCCCUAAUGUUCCAAUAAUACUGGUGGGUAAUAAAAAAGAUUUACGGAAUGACGAGCACACUCGACGGGAGCUGCAGAAGAUGAAACAGGAACCAGUUAAACCAGAGGAGGGACGAGACAUGGCUAAUCGCAUCAAUGCCUUCGGCUACCUUGAGUGUUCAGCUAAAACUAAGGAGGGCGUGAGGGAAGUGUUUGAAAUGGCCACAAGAGCGGCGCUCCAAGCCAAGAAACGUGGCAAGAAGAAUGCCUGCGCUUUGCUAUAGAGAACACAAGUGGAAAAUGAGAAGAACGAGGGAGGGAAAAGGGGUAACCAAACACGGCCAAGGAAAAUGAAAGAGCUCUAAAAGUUCGCAAAUAGAGGGAAGAAACAGCCCCUAGUGUUAAUUAUGUACUCGGGGGUUCAGGGAGGGUCAUUUUCAAUCCAGGCCAAAAGAAACUACAGAAGAUAGUAGGGACAGCUGCACCGGCAAACAAAAGGGACUUAAACAUUUCACAAAAGGCCAUCAGUCCUCUUUCAAAUCAAGAUUAGUUGACCUUAAAGCCUUCAGACUGAUUGAUCACGGAGCAAGGAUAGCGUAUUUGUAGAGUAAAGAUUGACGUGGGUUCACAGUGAUUGCGUUCGAGGUGGGAUUAAAUGCCAUGUAUUCUUUGGCCCCUUUGAUUAGAAGAUCAGCACUGUAAGCAAGAACUUGGUCUAAAAAAAAUAGAUUCCUUUUUUGGCAGUAAAUGCAUUAUUCAGGGUGUAAAAGGCAUUAGUUACUACCCUACAUCGCUUAUGCUACAUGUCAAGCGGGGAGUUGUUUUUUUGGAUCAAGACAUUGGCGCACAAUGUAAUACUCUAGUUGACUACCUUAGAAACCUCCCAGGAACCCAGUGCCGUCUUAUGUAAAACAUUCAUGACUGAUUUUCUGAUAUAUAUACAUUUUUUUCUUGCAUUAACACGCUAAUACUGUUUGAUAACACAACUGGUUCCUCUGUGCCCUCCUGUCCUGUCGCAGAAUCGACGGUUUAAUCGCUGGUUUAAAGUAGCUGAAAGUAGUAGUAGUCUUACAAUUCUUUAUUCCAGUUAAGUAUAUCUUGUACUUUGUUGCCAUUUGCCUAUAAAAUUCUAAGUAAGAUGCAUUAAGCAAUGAUCAUACUAAUUCACCUUUUUGUGAGUAUUUUAUGUGCUUGCUCAUGUAUUGUAAUUAAAAAAAAGAACAAAAAAACAAAAACAAUUUUGGGUUAAUCAGCCUUCGUGGAGCUCCAAGCAGAACUGCAGCUCUGUAUGUUGACUGUCAGACACUGUUUGAUUUUGGCUAUAUAUAUAUUUAUAUAUAUAGAUACGUUUUUAUCAUAGGUGACAGUAAUGUAAUUUACCCCGUAUUACUCUUUGCCUGCAUGACAGGCUUUUAUUUGGUGUGCAGAAAUCAAAUAUAUGUUUAUCUCACUGUAUAAAUGAGAAGCUCCCUCCAUUUUCACUCCAUGUCUUUUUAUUAUUCCCCUCUUUCUUCUCCAGUACUGUGCAUUUUUUAUGUUUUUUUGUUUUGUGAAAUUCUACUGGCUUAUACUAUAUCAUUUUUGCAUAUUUUACAAAUUCUAGUAUCUUAGAAUUGAAUUAAAGAAGGACAAAAGAUAGUAAAAAUGUGACUGAGAGAGAGAGAGAGCUGUUUAAUGCCAUAUUAUUAAAUGCAAGUCAUUUCUUAGAAGAGAUUCUGCAUUUCAUUGUAAGAGAAAAAGCCUUUGAUGCGUCAAUUAUCUUUUGUAUACCAGUGCAUCUUUGGAUUUCCACAGACUCAUUUGAAUUGUACUGAAAAAAUAAAUUCUUAUAGGGUAA